AUGGAUGAUCAUGAGAAAAAUCACACUUGCAAGCUGUGUGGAAAAGAAUUCCCAUGUGGUAGGUCCUUGGGAGGCCACAUGAGGUCUCACAUGAUCCUCAUUUCAUCUUCAUCUUCUCAUCAUCAUCAUCACAAAAAACUCCGGUUUCUUUCUAACCGAAAACCCGUCAAGAAUCCAAAGAAAGCAAACAAAUCCUCAAGCCCAAGUGAAGUAUAUAAUUCUUCACUUCAAGAAAGUCUCUGCAAGAACAAAGGUACUUCAUCUUCUUUAACCGAUGCUUCGAAUUAUUCCCCGCCCAUUUCUGAUAUUAUCAAUCAGCAAGAACAAGAAGAGGUUGCUUUGAGUUUGAUCAUUCUUUCUCGGGACAAAGGCGAUUGGGAUUGCUCGGUUGAUCCCAUUUUUGAAUUUUCGAACAAUAGUUUAGAGCUCGAAAAAGCAAGAAAUGGCUCCAAAACAAGAAAAUUAGAAGUCUUUGAUGAUUUAGGGAAAGAAAGCGAAUUCAAAUGCUGGGAUUGCAAAAAGGCCUUCUCUUCGUACCAAGCUUUAGGAGGGCACAGGGCAAGUUACAAGAAGUUCAAUGGCUGUUGUGGCCCAAAAAGUAAUAAGGUUUCGUUUGGAUCGAACGGAAAUAAAGAUAAAAAGGCACACGAGUGUUCGGUUUGCUACAAAGUUUUCUCUUCUGGGCAGGCGUUAGGCGGGCACAAGAGGUCUCAUAUUGUCUUAGCCGAAAAAAACGAUAAAGUUCGGAACUUUUUCGAUCUCAACUUGUCUCCUGAAGAUGAAGAAGAAGAGUGCAAUGGUUUUGUGUUUGCAUAG